AUGGCACUCGAGACGAUAAUGAGCGACUCUCGCCGCUCUGCUUCACUGCUUGACCUCCCCCGCCGUAGCUCCGCCAUGGCGGGGCGAAUACUCAACCACAUUCGGCGCACCAAGGAACAACCCGCGUCCCCCAAGACCGACGAGCCGUCCCCUUCUUCCGCCUUCGACCUUGCGCGCUGCCACAGCACCGGCAGCGGCGCCUCCAACUCCCGCCCCAACACCCCCACAUGCCGCUCCCCAAGCUUCACCGCCACGCGCGCGGGGGGAAAUGCGCUUCCGCCCGUGCCGUCGCGCGACCAGGCGGAAGCCGCGCGGCUGCUGCGCGAGCUGGCGCUGCGGUCAGAGGAGGCGGAGCGCGCGGCGGCGGCGUGGCGGCAGCAGGCGGACGAGAUGCACCGGCUGCGAGCGGAGCGGGACGAUUUGCGGAGGCAGAAGGCGGAGCUGGCGACGCGCGCGGGGCAGCUGGAGGCGGAACUGUUCGCGGUGAAGAUGGGGCAGCCCACUGGUCCUUCCCCAUCACCAAUCCUCACCAAUUCUCACAACAUCAUUCUCCCUCUCCCUAACUCCCCUUGCGUAUUCUCCCUCCCUCCUCCCCCUCCCCAUAUCCAGACCCCUCAAACCACGGGCAGCACCCCUAAGAGCACAGCAGCAGCUGCAGGCUCCCCAGCAGACACAGUCGCGCUGCAGCAGCAGCGGCUAGACUCCCUUUUCAAGGAGAACGCACAGCUGAGAGAUCAACUCACAGAGGCACAGAGACUAGCCGAGGAGUGGGAAUUCGCCAAGGCUAGAGUAGAGGACGAAUGGGAGGAUCGACUGAACCAGGCACAAGCAGCCACAGGGCGGGCGCUUGGGGAGAGAGAGCAGCUUUUCGCAGAGCUGGAGCAGGCUAAGGAGAAGAUUGCUUCUGAGAGCUCUGCGAAAAAGAAACUAGAGGAGAGCCGCGCGCUGUUUGAAAGCGAGUUACGGCAGGAGAUUCGGUCGAAAGUGGCACUGCUGGAAGCAGAGGUGUCGCGGUUGAGUGUGGAGGUGAAGGCUGCGACGAACCGGGCGGAAAUGGCUGAGAAGAGCCUGGUGGAGGCGCAGGUUCGGGUGGCGGACAUGGAGGCUCGGGAGCGGGAGCAUGCCGAGGCUUCAGCUGCGGUGGCGGAGCAGCAUGCAUCGCUGCUGUUUAAUAUGGAGACGGAGAUUGAAGGGGCGGAGCAAAGGGAGUCAGAGGCGAGAGCGGAUGCGGAGCGGCUUGCAGCGGAGGUGAGUAAGUUGAAGGGUGAGAUGGAGGAGAUGUUUCGGGCGAAAACAGAUGCUGUUUCAGAGCUGAUGCUGAUGAAAGGAGACGUGGAGAGAUUAGAGAAGAGCAAACAGGUUGCUGAGGCGGCUGCACUAGACUUGCGGACUAAGCUUGUAGCUGCAAAGAAGCUAGAGGAGAAGCUCAAGAGACGCUCGCAAAUCGACGUGUCUCAGAAGCUACGCGAUUCCGACGACCUUCUGAAGCAAGGCGAUGCGGUUCUCGACAACAGCGACAUCGAGACUGCCAUCCAGCUCUUCGGCUCCGCGCUCGAAUCGCGGGUCGCCGCUUUCGGCGAGCUCGGCGAGGAAUGCGCCGUGGCGUACUUUAAGUACGGCUCCGCGCUCUUCGUCAAGUCGCAGCUGGAGGAGACGGACGACGCAGCCGACGGAGCCGACGCAGCCGAGGAGGAGGAUUUAGAGGAGGCAGAGGACGGGGACGAGGAGGAGGAGAGCGAUCAGGAGCUCGCGUGGCGGCUGCUGGAGACGGCUCGGUGCAUCUAUGCCAAGCGCGAAUCGAGGAGCCUGGAGGAGGUGGAUGUUAUCUCCACGCUCGCGGAUCUUAGUCUCGAAAAAGAGGACUUUGAUGCGUGCAUGGAGGACUAUCAGCACGCGCUGCACCUGCUCUCACUGCUCGUGUCGCCACAUCACCGACGCGUCAUCGAACUGUAUUUCAAGAUGGCGCUGGCGAAUCAAACAGGCAAUCGCGCGUCUGAGGCGCUCCGGUGCUGCCGGCAGGCCAUAGACGCGUGUGAGAAGCGCGUUGCGCAGGCGCAGUCGCUGCUGGAGGCGAAACGGAAGGUGAAAACGGCAGGGAAGGAGGGCGGUGAGAGUUUGGUGGCUGGUGGGAGUGGUGCCGCUGCUGCUGAAGGUGCUAGUGUAGGGGUAGUAGCUACGAAGGAUGCGGAUGAAGCUGCAGAGAAAGAGGUGAAGGGGGAAGCGAAGGGAGAAGUGAAGGGAGAGGAAGAGAAGAAAGAGGAUGAGAAGAAAGAGGAAGAAAAGGCACAGGAAGAGAAGAAAGAGGAAGAGAAGAAAGAGGAAGAGAAGGACGAGGCGAAGGCAGGGGAAACUGCAAAGAGUUCUGUGGACAAGGGCAAGGGCAAGGGUAAGGCGGAGGAGGGCACGGGCAUUCCGUACGACUCGAUAGACGCGAGCAGCAGCGAGGAGGAGCUGGUUCGGGAGAUACAGGACGUGCAGCAGAUAGCGAGUGACCUCAAAGAGAAGGCAGAGGAACUUCAGGAGAUGAUUCGCCUGCCCUCCGUGGAGGCCAUGAUGAGAGAGCAACUCUCGGCUCCCUCACUGAUUUGA